GUAAUGGCGUUCCGGGGUAAGGGGAACUUGUCGGAUUUAUCAAAGGCGACGCCGAUGUAUUUGCGGUCUGGGUGGCGCGCUGGAUCAGUGUAGUAUUUGACAUAGCCCGUGGCGAGCGAGUAGAUGGUGUGGUCGCGGCCCAUGCCACAGUUUUCGCCAGGAAACCAUUUGGAGCCGCGUUGGCGGAAGAUGAUGUUUCCAGGAAUCACAUAUUGGUCCCCGGACUUUUUUGCGCCGAGACGCCUGCCUGCGCCAUUUUUCGUGCCGUUGUUGGCACGGCCUUGGGUGGCGUGGGAGGCAUAGCGGACCUGAAGCUGGGUUUGGUGGAUGGUGGUGCGGGAUGGAAAUUGGGGUGGUCGCUGUUGUUGAAGGAGGAGAAUAGAGGAGCGAGAGGUGGAGGGAGGAGAGAGCGCCGUACCACUGAGACUGCGGGCCGUUCUCCGUGAGAGAUGUGAUAGAGAUCGUGUGGAUUGUUGGUUGCAGAGGAGAGAUGUGGAUGGGAGGAAGAGGGAGUCGAGAACCCGCAAUUGGGUGCGGAACUGAGGUUGGAUCAUGGCAGCAAAAGGGGAUCGAGACUAGGUAGAUAUAUACUCCUCAGUCUCGAUCUUGGGGCGAUGUGGGCUGUUGCAAUUGGUGCUGGUAAUGAUAUUCUUAAGGCGUCUUCACAUUUUCUUUGACGCCGAAUUUGGUCCGAGUCAUGUGACGAAUAUCACGUGAUUAUAUGAGGACGAACAGGAGCAAUUUGAAGACACCUGUCAGUCUAUACAAACUACGGAGGAAAAAGCGCCAAAAUGAUCCACAUAAUCACCGGCACCCUCUUGGGUUUGCUAUUUCUUGCGACGGGCGCCCGAGCUCAAUUCCAAUUCUUCGAGCAAAUGUUUGGUGGCGGACAACAGCAACAGGAGUCCCAAGAGCACAAUGUCCCCAGUGACAGUUCCUGGUACCAACGAACCUAUGACAACGCACGAUGUUCGGACUAUCUCUGCCCCGGAACUCUAGCCUGCGUCUCUGUUCCACACCAUUGUCCUUGUCAACACCCAGGUGUUGAAGAUAAAUUCGAACUAGGUGACGGAAGCGCAAUUUGUGUGUCGAAGGGUGGGUUCAAGCCUGGUGAAGCUGCAAGAAAGGUCGAAUUGGCCAGGAAAGGAUUGCUGUGAAUUCAAUCGUCGGUUAGCUCGAACACGAUUUGAUAUAUACCCCCGUUAUGAGACAUGCUACACAUUUAGCUCCCUGUCUUCGGCGCUAUAUAUAUCUAUCCACGGUUGCAUAGGACGUAGCGAGAAUUUUUUAUUCCGAUCAGAGAUUUUGUGGUCAUUAUUGUAUUUGCAUAUCUUCCCCUCGCGGAGCCAGCAAGUUGGGCGCAUUACUGAAAUCUGGCGGAAUAAUAGCUGACAGGGCUACAUAGGCAAUGACAACUUAUGAGUUAUUUUUACAUGGAUUACGAAUAUAUCUAGAGCUGUUAUUUGCUUUUCACUAGAGUGCUGCACUUGAGAUGUAUUUAAUGUUUCAAUAUCAAAAAAAAAAAAAAAAAAAAAAAAAAAAAAAAAAAAAAAAUAAGUAUUUAGCUGUUCCCUCGCGCUGCCAAGAUAUAAUAGGUAUUGUGGUGAACAUAUUACUUGUAAAAACAGAAUUUUCCCAGCUCUCUCUGAAAAUUAGUAGUAAAAUAUUAUUAAAAAAUCAAAAUAUCUGCAUUUCUCUAGAAUUAUUCAAUAUCAUUCAAUACAUAUCUUUUUUAGUUUCAUUUGAU